AUGAGCAAAGAUUUUGCUGCUUUGCUCGAAAGAGUUGAAAAGCUCCAAAAUUCUCGGGAUGUAGAUGACAAUAUUGAAAUCAUUAAUUUUCAACAAAUUGACCUCAAUUCGCCAAAAAAUUGUUUAAAUGAAUUAGAAAAAUACGCGAAUAGCACAUUUUUAAGCGAACAGACAAAAUUAUUAGAUAUUUUUCAGAAUGUUGACUCUGUUGUUGACGAUAAUGAACCAGUAUCUUUCGAAAUUCCAUCUUUACAAUUCUUAAAAGAGAGAUUUCAACGAUUUAUUUCAGACCUAUUACCUAUCAAGCAUCCACCUUAUCCACCACUUUGUGGUGCGAUUAAACACCAGAAAGAUAAAAUUAUUAAGUCAGAUACCUAUGCAUGCAUACCUUUAGGCGAAGAUUACAUCCUUGCAUAUGUAAUAGGAUACGAUAAAGAUACUAAAUGCUACCACUGCUGCGAUGCAGAUCCAGAAGGAGAUGAAGUUAACGUGAUUCAAGUUCCAUUUGAUCAGAUAAUACCUGUUCCUACAUCAUGUCCAUCUAAAAGAACUGUUUCUACAACUCACCAAUCUAAAUCAUCAGUUCUUGCGCUAUGGCUGAAUGAUAAUCAAACUUGGACAUCUGUUUUCUAUCCUGCGAAGGUUGCUGCAGCUCCAUCAACAUCACCAGGAAUAUACAAGCUUCAAUUUGAUGGAGAACAACCUUUAUAUGCACCUGUCCCUGAAAAAUUUGUAAUUGCAAUGCCAUAA